GCACCCUCAGGAAACACAGACCUAGGCCCGCACCGCUAUCUGCGGGAAGAGAAGCGCCAAGCGGGGCUUGCGACUGACCCAGCACGCCUCCUCCCUGCCAGGGAAAGAGGCGAACUAGGGAGGAAUGAGCCAGUUCCUCGGCCCGCCCCUGAGAGGGAGGCGGGGAGAGGGGCAGCGGCGGAGGAGGCGGGCUCCCCUUCCCCUUCCGCUGGCAGCCGUAGCCGUGCGCGAUGGCGAGCGGGGUCAUUAAAUGCAAGGCUGCUGUUGCCUGGGAGGCAGGUAAGCCUCUCUCUAUUGAGGAAGUGGAGGUUGCUCCACCAAAAGCCCAUGAAGUUCGCAUCAAGAUAGUUGCCACUGCUGUCUGUCACACUGAUGCCUAUACUCUGAGUGGUGCUGAUCCUGAAGGAUGUUUCCCUGUGAUCCUGGGACAUGAAGGAGCAGGAAUUGUAGAGAGUGUUGGCGAAGGAGUAACAAAAGUAAAGAAGGGGGACACUGUUAUCCCUCUAUACAUCCCUCAGUGUGGAGAGUGCAAGUUCUGUAAGAAUCCCAAAACAAACCUGUGCCAGAAGAUAAGAAUUACUCAAGGGAAAGGAGUCAUGCCUGAUGGUACCAGCAGAUUCACCUGCAAGGGAAAGCAGAUUUACCACUUCAUGGGGACCAGCACCUUCUCUGAGUACACCGUGGUGGCUGAUAUCUCGGUAGCCAAGAUAGACGCUGCAGCACCUCUGGAUAGAGUGUGCCUGCUGGGCUGUGGCAUCUCCACGGGCUAUGGGGCUGCUGUCAACACUGCUAAGGUGGAGCCUGGCUCUACAUGUGCCGUGUUUGGCUUGGGAGGAGUUGGGCUGGCGGUUAUUAUGGGCUGCAAAGUAGCAGGAGCAUCCCGGAUCAUUGGCAUCGACAUUAACAAGGAUAAGUAUGCCAAAGCCAAAGAGUUUGGAGCUACUGAGUGCAUUAGCCCCCACGACUCCAAGAAGCCCAUCCAGGAGGUUUUGGCUGAGAUGACUGAUGGUGGUGUGGACUACUCAUUUGAGUGCAUCGGAAAUGUCGGAGUCAUGAGGGCUGCCUUGGAAGCCUGCCACAAAGGCUGGGGAGUCAGUGUGAUAAUCGGAGUGGCUGCUGCUGGCCAGGAGAUCUCCACACGGCCAUUCCAGCUCGUAACUGGGCGGACAUGGAAAGGGACUGCGUUUGGAGGCUGGAAGAGUGUAGAAAGUGUACCGAAACUGGUGACUGAAUACAUGUCCAAAAAGAUCAAGGUUGAUGAAUUUGUGACUCACAUGCUGCCUUUUGACAAAAUUAAUGAGGCUUUUGAGCAGAUGCAUUCGGGAAAAAGCAUUCGAACUGUGCUAAAAUUUUAGAGCCAAAUGUGGACCUUCUAAUUGGCCAGCACCAUGCUAACUGCCUUUGUAUAAUGGAAUUUUUGAUAGAAGAUAGAAUCAAGCAACUGAAAACUCACUGGGACUAAGAAGGCUAUGUAUUUUAGGGUGAGCAUCCUGGGUAUUAAAUAAUAAUACAUUGUUAACUACUGAAUAGCAUAACAGAAUUAGUCCAGGUUAUGGAACUUCUGUUUCUCUACUCAUUCUUCAAAUUCAAUAGUGACUAACUCAAUCUACUUAAUAAAAGCUUAUUUCUAAA